CGUGUUCCUAAAGUUCAGACGUCUGGCUGGACGCAACCUGCACGGAUCGCUGCAUAUGUUGUGUGUCAAAGCUUGCCUUCGGGAGAAAUUAUUCCUGCUCAAGGGAAUGACCAUACAAGAGUUUUGAGCUUCAUUCUUUUAUUCCGCGGUCUCUUGUGGAUAAAACAACACACGCGUGCUUCACGUUUCGAAGUUUUACAGGUUUCAAUCACAAAGGCCAGACGCUGACCGACAAUGCGGCCAUUAUCUCCCCUGUCUCAUCUCAUUUUGUUUCACUUACUGUGUGGAUCUCUGAGCAGCAGAUGUCCUCAAAACUGCACUUGCAUCACCAGUAGCUCCAUCUUCUGUGUCCAGCAGUACUUGAUCUACAUGCCUCGUGGCCUCCCAUCCUCCACAAAGAACCUCUAUGUCUUUCAGAACAACAUCAAUACCUUGCAACAGCAGGACUUUGUAGAGCUUAGCGAGCUUGGAAUGCUGGACUUGAGUCAGAAUGCCCUCAGUGAAAUCCCUGAUAGGGUGUUCAGCCCUCUCUCCUCUCUACACAACCUGGAUCUCUCCUCAAACCGCAUUACUCAAAUUUCCAAAGACAGUUUCACUGGACUGGUCAACCUGGAAAGGCUUUAUCUCUACAGCAACCUCAUCCAAAGCAUUCACCCAGCUGCUUUUGAGGGACUGGAGAACCUACUGGAGCUGAAGCUUCAGGGCAAUAAGAUUAGUGUGUUGCCAGCUCUGCGACUGCCCAGACUGCUCCACUUGGACCUUAGUUAUAAUAGUAUCCCACCCCUUGGACCUGAAGAUUUACAGACACCACACCUUGAGUCUCUUAAAAUAGCUGGAUUGAAGCUGACCAGUCUGGACGAGGAGCUUCUCAGGAGCCUGGCGAACCUACAUGUUCUGGAUGUUUCACAGAACCUGCUUGCAGAGAUACAACCUACACUGAAGGCAAUGGGAGGCCUACGAAAUCUCAAUUUAACCGGGAAUCCCUUGGGAUCCCUAAAACAAGAAGACUUCCAAAAUAUGGUUAACUUGCUAGAGCUUGACUUGAGCAACCUUUAUUUGCAAGGCUUCCCCGAGGGCUUCUUCAACUUUUUCCCCAAACUUGAGAAGCUCACCGCAGCUGAAAACCCCUUCAACUGCCUCUGCCCACUGGCCUGGUUCCCAGUAUGGCUAAAGGAUUCAAAUGUAGAGCUGUUGAGGAUGGAGGAGACUCGUUGCCACUUUCCGCUAAUAAACUCGGGAAAGGUUUUGGCAAAGUUGGAGCAUAAAGAUUUUGGCUGUCCCACAACAACCAUUGAGUUAACAAGCGCAGGGACAAGUAGUACUACGAGCAAGCCCACAAACUCCACAACACCAUUAGGGACAACACACGCCAUUCCCCCGGCAACACCAAGUGAGAUGCCGUCAGCAGACAUAGACAGCUUCCCUCUUUCCCAGACCACUGCCUUGCCCAGAAGAAUCAUAGAAGAUUCUGAAGAAGAGGACAUUAUGUGCCCCCCCAGUAUCUGUCUAAAUGGGGGAACAUGCAUAUUUGACUCAAAUGGGGUGGUUUGCCUGUGCCCGCCUUCAAUGUCAGGACUCUACUGUGAGAUUAAAAAUGAAGCUCUGCUUCCCCCGCCUUCACCUAGAGUUUCUAUCGAGACCAUUGCUACAGUCCAGCCCAACACAAUCAGCUCUCUUCACAUAACCAGCACUUCCAUUUCAUUAGACCUUCACCGUUACAUCCACACAAGACCACACAUCCGUGGAAUUCGUCUGACUUACCGAAACUUGUCAGGCCCCGACCGGCGACCACUACAGCUGAAUGUGCCUCCAACUUACCCCGAGUACACGCUUAGAGGGCUACAGCCAAAUAGCACCUAUUCUGUAUGUGCUAGCUCUCUGGGAGAGCCAGUCCAUGUCUCAGUUAGUGCCUGCAUGGAGGCUCGCACAGCAGGGAUCCCGCCCUCCUCCCACGAGCCCAGCGUUGACAGGACCGAACCUUCUUCCUCUCUCAUACCCAUUGUAGUAGCUGUGGCGGUUGUGAUGGUUGCUGCCGUCGUAGCUACUGUUGUGGUCAUCCGCCGCAGGAGGAAAUCCAAGGCUCCAGUAGAUAUGGACUUACAUGAGACAUCUCCUCUGGAGUUGGAGGGAGUGAAAACCAGUCCAGAGAAUGGGCUGACGCAUCCAAAACAACCCGACAUAACCCCUUGCUCAUCUUUAACACAAACCAGCUUGGAAUAUGAGGCACCUUUAAUACAAGGACAGUGUCCAGCCAACAACAAUGUAGCUUGUACAAAACCUUUGUAUGUGUAAAAGCCAUAUUAGGAUUCAUACCUCCAGCCCACAGAGGGCAAUGUGCUCCAUGACUCCUGCAGGCAGGUGCGAUGCAGACACUAGAUAGACUCUGGUGGGUUGGUGAACAUUUUAGUGCAUCCCAGCCAAACGCUUAAACUGACUGCCUGUAUUUAAACCAGGUGCAUUUGCAAUUUACAUUUUAUUACAGAGACAAUGUAAGUGCCUUUUAUAACCAUAAAUAUCAGCCUCUAAUGAUAAUUUCACUAUAAGAAGUGGCCAGAUAUGAAUGAGCACAGUAUUGCUAGGCUGGAAAACAGGUCGCUUUAGAGGUAGCUCAUUAAUUGUGUAGCUGGCUCUGGAAGUGGUAGACAGGAGUCAAAAGAUCUUGCCUGGACGCCUGGACUUUUUUUUGUCCAGAAAAAAAAUUGCACUGAUCAGAAACACUGGGACUGUGAGGUGCCUUAAGAAGCUGAAAGUGAUCAGCCUCUUAAAAGAUGCUUCAAACAGGUUUUAUACAGCAUCAAAGCAUCUCUCUGUCCCUCUACCCCAUCUGUCCUGCACAGGAGAUUUGCUGUGAAAAAAACAUAAUGAAGAGACAUUUUCUUACUUUGUCUAGUUUACGCUGUUUUGUUAAAGUUAUGUUAUUAUAUUUUUGUAUUUUUAAAGGAAUAUUUCACCAAAAGUAUAAAUUCUUUUAUGCUAUUUACUCACCCGUAUGUCGUUUCAAACCUGUAUGAUUUUCUUCCAUGGAAGACAAAAGUACAGUUUGCAGAAAUAAUGUCACAAAAACAUUUGAAAGACAUUAGGGUUAGUAAAUUACAGAAUUUUCAUUUUCCUUUAAGUGCCAUUUCUGUCCUUUUUUGUGUUUAGUUGUUGUGUUUGUAUUGACUUUUAAACAUGAAACUGUAGCAAGCAUUAUUUCUCCUCGCACGUAAGUGCAACAA